AUGGAGGAAAAAAAGGGGAGCAUUGUAAUGGAAAAUUUUAAUUCGACCGCAAAUCUGACUGGGCAUCCAGGCUUUCAAUCUACAUUGAGCUUGGGAUCAAAAGAAGUGAUUAAUGAAAAAGCCUACGAUCCAUUUGAACAUAGAAACGUGGAACACCCAAAUUCAACAAUGGGAUCCAUGGUACACCUUCUUAAAUCAUCGUUGGGAUCAGGAAUUCUGGCAAUGCCGGCUGCGUUUAAAAACGCUGGUCUAGCAGUCGGGUCACUAGGAACUAUAGUUCUUGGAUUUAUUUGUACACACUGUAUUUACAUAUUGGUGAAAACGUCACAAGAAGUAUGCGUGGAAGCUAAGAAACCUUCGAUGGGUUUUGCAGAAACUUGUGGUGCUGUAUUUGAAUAUGGACCUAAAAGAUUAAGACCGUGGGCAAAUUUUGCAAGAACGUGUGUGGACUAUACAAUGACUUGCACUUACUUGGCAACACUUUGUGUGUAUGUGGUGUUUAUUGCGGCAAAUUUGGAAGAGGCACUAAAAGAAUACACAUAUGGAUACGACCUAUCACGUGGUGUCUAUUGCGCGCUAACAUUGGUACCUUUAGUGCUAAUGUGUCAAAUCCGAAACUUGAAGUGGCUGGUUCCAUUCUCAGCUAUAGCCAAUAUAUGUCUUGUAGUGUGCUUUGCCAUCACAUUGUACUAUAUCUUCAGUGAUUUGCCGCAUCCUCAGGAGAGAGAGAUUGCCGCUAAAGUUACUCAGUGGCCAAUAUUUAUUAGUACUGUCAUAUUCGCCAUGGAAGGCAUUGGCGUGGUGAUGCCAGUUGAAAACGAAAUGGCUAAACCUCAGAAGUUCCUUGGCUGCCCUGGCGUUCUGAACGUUGCUAUGACAAUUGUUGUUAUAAUAUAUGGCGUAGUAGGCUUCUUCGGUUACAUGAAGUUUGGAGACAGUGUCAAAACAAGUGUCACCUUAAAUCUUCCUGAGAAGGAUAUUCUGGCCCAAAGCGCUAAGAUCCUGAUGGCCCUAGCAAUCCUAUUUACCUACAGCCUACAGUUUUAUGUUCCAAUGGAGAUGAUAUGGCGGCGGGUGAAUAUGAAAAUUUCAGUGAGAUACCAGAACAUCGCACAGAUUUUAAUCAGGAGUGCCAUUGUUGUUGGAUCGGUGGCCCUUGCAGCAGCUUAUCCCGACUUAGAGUUGUUCGUCAGUCUCUGCGGUGCUAUCUUCCUCUCAAGUCUGGGUCUCCUCACACCUGCCAUCGUUGACACUGUCCACAAAUGGGAAAAAGGCCUCGGACCCUUCAACUACAUUCUUUUUAAAAAUAUUAUAAUUGGAACGAUUUCCUUGCUGGCUCUCUUUUCAGGCUGUUAUGUGUCUAUCAAUGAUAUGAUUAUAAAAUUAAGGAAAUCUGAGGCUGCUUAUGAAACAAUAGCAAAUGUGACAAGUAUUCCUUCCAAUAUGACAUAUCCGAUUUAG